AUGGGUACUCUUACUUUUCUGCUUUCGGUGGCGUAUCUGCUAUCUAGAGUGUCUGCUGCACCUAGUUCGGCUGGCUCCAAGCCCUGCGAUACGGUAGAGCUCGGGUACCAGUGCUCCCCUGCGACUUCUCAUCUAUGGGGCCAGUACUCUCCGUUCUUCUCGCUGGAGGACCAGCUGUCCGUGUCGAGUGAGCUUCCCAAAGAUUGCCGGGUCACGUUUGUGCAGGUCCUAUCCCGGCAUGGAGCGCGGUACCCGACCAGCUCGAAGAGCAAAAAGUACAAGCAGCUAGUGACGGCGAUCCAGAGAAAUGCUACCUCGUUCAAGGGCAAGUUUGCCUUUCUCAAGACGUACAACUAUACUCUGGGUGCGGACGACCUCACGCCCUUUGGGGAGCAGCAGAUGGUGAACUCGGGGAUCAAGUUCUACCAGAGGUACAAGGCUCUUGCGCGCAGCGUGUUGCCGUUUAUUCGCUCAUCGGGGUCGGACCGCGUCAUCGCUUCUGGGGAGAAGUUCAUCGAGGGUUUUCAGCAGGCGAGGCUGGCGGAUUCUGGCGCGACAAACCGCGCCGCUCCGGUGAUUAGUGUGAUUAUCCCAGAGAGCGAGACGUUCAACAACACGCUGGACCACAGCGUGUGCACGAACUUUGAGGCGAGUGAGUUGGGGGAUGAGGUUGCGGCCAAUUUCACUGCGCUCUUUGCGCCUGCGAUCCGUUCUCGCGCUGAAAAGCAUCUCCCUGGUGUGAAGCUGACAGACGACGAUGUUGUCAGUCUGAUGGACAUGUGCUCGUUCGAUACCGUAGCGCGCACCACCGACGCGACUCAGCUGUCACCAUUCUGUGAACUCUUCACUCACAAUGAGUGGAAGAAGUACGACUACCUCCAGUCCCUGGGCAAAUACUACGGCUACGGCGCAGGAAACCCUCUGGGACCAGCUCAGGGGAUAGGAUUCACCAACGAGCUGAUUGCCCGGUUGACCCGUUCGCCAGUGCAGGACCACACGAGCACCAAUUCGACUCUGGACUCCAACCCGGCCACCUUCCCGUUGAACGCCACCAUGUACGUUGACUUUUCGCACGACAACGGCAUGAUUCCCAUAUUCUUUGCCAUGGGAUUGUACAAUGGUACUGAGCCGCUGUCCCAGACCUCGGUGGAGAGCACCAAGGAGUCAGACGGGUAUUCUGCGUCCUGGGCCGUGCCUUUUGGAGCGCGAGCCUACUUCGAGACGAUGCAAUGCAAGUCGGAAAAGGAGCCUCUUGUUCGCGCUUUGAUCAAUGACCGGGUUGUGCCUCUUCAUGGCUGCGCUGUGGACAAGCUGGGGAGAUGCAAGCUGAAUGACUUUGUCGAGGGGUUGAGUUGGGCUAGAUCUGGAGGAAAUUGGGGAGAGUGCUUUAGUUGA